AUGCCUAGUCAACCUUCGCCGAGUCCUGUAGAGAUCACCCUGAAGCGAGUGACUUCUGAAAGUGACAUCCCUACCCUUGCUCACUUGUCAGAUCUUGCACUCAAACCGGAUGGUUUCCAUGAGUUCCGAAGGCGCUAUGGAGCGAAAAGUCCAUACGAUGACAGCGUGGAGAAACUGACCAGGGCGAUGCGAGACGACAAAGGUCAAUAUUUUAUGUUCAAAGCAAUGAUCAAGUCAAAAGCAGCCGUUGAUCUCGAGCUGCCAGAGCAACCCAGACAUUCCGAGAAGGAGAUCAUUGUGGGGUUUUCGCAAUGGCGGAUAGGAUAUGUGGAAACACCAAAGAUGGAUCCCUUCGCACCGAGGAGGCAAGUCGCCCACAGUGGCACGUUUGAGGCGGGCGUGUCAAACCUGGCCAUUUCGGAAGAGCGCAACGCAGAGCAAGCUGAUGGCGUGGACCUCAAUGACAAGCAACGGAUGAAAGCUUUCUACUCAAAUCCUAAUGACGAGCUCGCAAGGAAAAUGGGAAAUGUUUAUAUCGAGACCAUCAGGGCGAAGCGGCAUGUGGGCAAGUGA